AUGUUUCAACCAAAACGCAUAUACUCCUUCCUACUACCCAUCGCCUUGAAAGCGAGUGCACUUAUCUUUCUCGUUAUUCUCUGUUACCAAGCGUUUACUAUUUACAGGGACAGCGAAGAAAGCUGGCAACCUCAAUUCCCAUUUCGUCGCCAGCAAGACUUUACUUCAUUAAUCAAACCUCAUGGAGGAGACAGAUGUCUUCCGCCAUCGCUCCCCGAUAUUCCUCACGACGCAAAGAUUUUACGAAAUGCUUGCAAACAAGUAUGGUCGCACCCCGAGUCGCCCCUUCGGAUCGGCAGAGUCUCUGCCCAUUUUGGGGAUGUUCAAGAACAUUACCAAAAGGCGUUGCAUACCCACGCGCUGCACAGCGUAAUCCACAACAAUCGUCUCGACGUUAUGUGUUCUCCCAUGGUUGACUCACUCUGGAACAAGCCGGCAUUCAUUCUUUCUCUGCUAUUGGAUGAGAUGUUGAAGCCUCCUUCUAAACGCCUGGAGUGGUUCUUCUGGGUAGAUAGAGAUACUCUAAUACUCGAUCAAUGUCGCCCUAUAUCGAGCUUCCUUCCCUUUGAAGAGCCAGCCCUUGACGAGGAGACUAGUGAAGGUAACGACAGCGACGAAGAAGCCGCAGAGAAAGUCGGUGGAGAAAAACAUCUCAUAGUAACAAAUGACUGGAACGGGUUGAACAACGGCGUCUUCCUAGUACGUGUCAAUCAAUGGGCCGUCGACCUUUUCAGCGACAUAAACGCCUUCCGAUAUUACAGACCGAAUGUUUCACUUCCUUUUACGGAACAAAGCGCCAUGGAGAUCGUCAUGAAGGAGCCCAAAUUUGAGCCUAACGUCCAGGUUGUCCCACAAUACUGGUUCAACGCCUAUCCUAAGGCCUCACCAGGCGACUUUGAGACCAAGACGGACAUGGAAGGCUUAAAACCCUACCAUGCCCGUAGGGGAGAUUUCCUCCUUCACUUUGCAGGACGCGGGGGAAGAGAUAAGCUUAUCAAUGAAUGGACGGACAUGCUAGUUCCUAGAGGUGGCUUGUGGCUGCCUGAAGAGGUUCAGCGAGACAACACCAGGGGAAUUAGUAACUUUUGGUCUCGGUUCGGAUAG